AGUGGGCUGUCUUUCCUCACUGGGAGCUGUCGACACACAGCAGUACUGAAAUUGGAACACUGCGGCACAGAGAGACAGAAAGGACGAAGAACAACAAAGAACUAAAAGAGAAGACUCCUGUAUUAAAAUAUCCUGUUGGACACUACUCUUCCAUUUUCCUCUAUGGAACGCCUGCCUUUUUUAUGACUCUUGUCACUUUUGAUGGAAAAAAGAACUUCACCAGAGAUACACUGGAAAAUUGACUGGUUCAGCAGAACUCUUUCACCCAACUCUUUUUUAGUGAAGAUGUCUGUCUGUGCUAAGCAGUGUAAACAUGGACUGGUGAAGUUUGCUGUGUCCGUGCACAAACUGGUGACAGGGACACUCAUCAAAGAUAUCAUAGAUGAUGAUUUGGAGAUAACAAUGGUGUGCCAUCGUCCAGAGGGUUUGGGUAAACUGGAAGCUCAGACCAACUUCAGCAAGAGAGAACUGCAGGAACUCUACAGGGGGUUUAAAAAUGAAUGCCCUAGUGGGGCUGUCAAUGAAGAGACAUUUAAACAGAUUUACUCACAGUUCUUUCCUCAGGGUGAUGCCAGCACAUAUGCUCACUACCUGUUUAACGCCUUCGACUUGGGCCAUAACGGCUCCAUCAAGUUUGAGGAUUUUGUUACAGCUCUGUCUAUCUUGUUAAGAGGUUCUACACAGGAGAAAUUGCAGUGGACUUUCAAUUUGUACGAUAUCAACAAAGAUGGCUACAUUACCAAGGAGGAGAUGACUGACAUUGUGAGUGCUAUCUAUGAUAUGAUGGGGAAACAUACGUACCCCGUCCUUAGGACAGACACACCCAAACAGCAUGUGGAUGCUUUCUUUCAGAAAAUGGACAAAAACAGAGAUGGAGUCGUCACUCUUGAUGAGUUCAUUCUAUCCUGUCAAGAGGAUGAAAAUAUUAUGAGAUCUUUGCAGCUUUUUGAGAAUGUGAUAUAAAAGAACCACAGAAUUGAAUGAGGAGACAGAAAGAAAGUAAAGAAGAGUCAACACCCCCCCGCUCCACCCCCACCAGAAAGGUUUACAGCUACUUUGUUCAAGAAGGAGAGUAAUAAGAAGCUACAUAAUCUUGUGCCCAUUAUUUAACUUUGGAAAUCUGUAGCUUCCUGUAGCUGGACAUCUGUGCUACACUGCUAUGUACAUAGCAACACUAUGUGCUUAGCACUGUAAUAUUUUUUUUUUUUUUGGAUUGUUAUCCUGGAAAACAGAUCCAUGCCCUUUCACAACCAGCCUUGAUUUUCCAUUUUAUAGCCACAAGUGUUCAACAUGUUUCAUGGUUGGAAAAUUUAAUUUGUAUAAAAAGUUACAGAGGUUCACAUUAGAUUUAGAAUAAUCUCAUUGCUUUUCAUAUGAUUUAGUCACUUUUUUCUUUCAAACUUUUUUUUUUACCAGAAUAUUCUUGCUUAUUCUUUCUGUUCUUCUGGCUCAAGUGAUUUAUUUUAUACACUUAUACAAGUUAUAUAAGUAAACACUUGGAGUUUUUAUUUAUAUACAGGACACUGAACCUACAAUUAUUCUCUAAUAUUUGUAAAUAUUAUACCACUGGAAAGCACAGUAUAAUGACCUAUUUACAAUGUUUCUAGAGAAUAAGACAAGGUGACUAAAGGAUCAGUGCUUGUAAAUGGGUAGAAGAAAGUGCCAAAAUAGUAUUAUAAUCAUUGCUUGUAACUAUUUCACAUAGAACCAAAUGGACAGGCUUAAUAUUUCAAUACUUUAUUGCAUCUUGAUUGCUUAAUUCUUACACCAGUUUCUAUAUUAGAUUUUCCAUUUAGAUCCAAAACUCUUAAGGAGUGCAAAAAGAAAAAUCAGAUUAUUAUAAGCCUUAAAGCUUAAUACCAUUUAUGGUGGUUUUACCAAAAGAGUUUUUUUUAAUCAAACAUUAAAAGUAGAGAAGUUAAAGAGUAGGCCUGGUGUAACUUCAAACCUAGAGAUUAUAGUUUCAUUGUUUGUGACUAUGUUUUGUCAGCAGUCAGCGAGCUCGUGGAUGUUUCUCCCUAUUCUAUACUGUCUUAAACAUCUCUUGUAGUCUUGUUAAAAAUCGAAUGGCUUUUCAACAUUACUGUGCUGCUUCUUGCUUGAGAAUGCUGAACCUGAUCUGUCUGUGUUUACCUGUGUGUAUAUGUGCUGCACUGUGCCUGUGUUAUUUAUUGCGUUGCUACUUGUUUAUUUGUUCAGACACCUUUGUCUCUAGAUUGUUCUGUCUAUCUGUCUGUCUGUGUGUUCGAUGUUGACAGCAUGAGGGGAGGACAUUUAACAAGGAGCCAUGGGACAUUUGACAGACGGGUUUUUGCAUCAUUGGGUGCUUUUUUUUACUGUUUGCCAUCUCUACAUUAUAUUGGUUGUGCUCAUUGUAUAUGUUAUUUUUUUGUGAGAAAGCUGUGAAUUACCAAAAUGUAGUACUGUUCAAUAAGAAUUUAGCCAUGUAACCAUUUAUCCACACACUGUGAUUUGGAAGAGCAGAGAGAGUGAGAGAGGGACAGAAAGAGAUUUUAGAGGUUGCUUAGCUUCAAAAGCUAUUAAAAGGUCACUUGUU